GCCGGAGCCCGGGAUCGCCCGAGGCUCGCGCCCCCUCCCCAUCCCCGCGGGAGCGCGCGGGGCGCCCGGAGGAGCUGGAGGGCGGGGAGGCUCCGAGAGAGGCGGCGACUGCUUAGCGAGCUAGUGGGUGGGGUUGUCUCCCCUGCCCCCCCCUUGGGGAGGUUGAGAAGCGAAUUGCAUUUGUGGUAGCUGUUACUCGGGAGUUGGUCCCUCGGUUCGCUUAGGGAUGUGCUUGGCUUUUAUCCUACUUAAAAAAAAAAAAAAGCGGGGGCCGAUCUCGAGGCGUCAGGUGUUGUGGGGCCCUGUUUCUUCCUCCCCCCGUCCCCAGGCACCGUCUGCUUCGUCGCCUUUCGCAGAUCCGCCUUAUUGGUUUAUUUUGCUGUCAUCAUCCUUCUUUGCACAUGGACCCAAAACUUAAGUCUUAGAAGGAACACGGAAUCUGGAAUCUGGACCUCUGGGGUCGAAUCCUAGCUCACGGUGACCUUGAGUAAAUUCGUACUUCUCUAUCUUUGGGACUCAAUUCCCUUUUCUCUGGUACAGUGGGGGCGGGGGCGGUGAGGAGGGCUCUAAAAGUGCCUCCUAGCUGGGCACAUCGCUCUUUGCCCACAUCUUUACCGGAGAUGCUCGACGGAGGUUCUCAGGUGCCUCUGCUUGACUAGAAGGAAUGGAGCAGGGUGCUACUACCUCAUUAAUUACUCCUCCGUGCCCCCACCCCUGGCAAUGCUUUCUUGGACCUCAUCAGGGAAGAGUUCGUUUCUUGCAAAAGUUCAGCAGCCUUUUGACUGAGAAUGUCGAAUUCUGGAAUUGUGACUCAUUCUUUUUAGGUCUAGCUUUUGGCUAUGGCGGCUGCUACAAUAGUUCAUGAUACAUCUGAAGCAGUUGAACUUUGUAGUUUAUAUGGAUUAUACCUCAAGCCAAUUACGAAAAUGACAAUUAGUGUGGCACUUCCACAAUUGAAGCAACCUGGAAAAUCCAUUUCUAAUUGGGAAGUGAUGGAAAGAUUGAAAGGAAUGGUACAGAGUCAUCAAUUUUCUACUCUUCGAAUUUCUAAAAGCACUAUGGAUUUCAUCCGUUUUGAAGGAGAAGUUGAAAAUAAAAGUUUGGUUAAGUCUUUUCUUGCAUGUCUUGAUGGCAAAACAAUAAAGCUUAGUGGUUUUUCAGAUAUUUUAAAAGUUCGGGCUGCUGAGUUUAAAAUAGAUUUCCCAACUCGGCAUGACUGGGACUCCUUUUUCCGUGAUGCAAAAGAUAUGAAUGAGACUCUGCCAGGAGAGAGACCAGACACAAUUCAUUUGGAAGGACUACCUUGUAAAUGGUUUGCAUUGAAAGAAUCUGGUUCAGAAAAACCAAAUGAAGAAGUUCUCGUUAAGGUAUUUGAGACAUUUGGAGAAAUACGGAAUGUGGACAUCCCAAUGUUGGACCCUUAUAGAGAAGAAAUGACUGGCAGAAAUUUUCAUACUUUUAGUUUUGGUGGACAUUUGAACUUUGAAGCUUAUGUUCAGUAUAAAGAGUAUGUUGGCUUUAUUAAAGCUAUGAAUGCCUUGCGUGGUAUGAAACUAAUGUAUAAAGGUGAAGAUGGCAAAGCAGUAGCCUGCAAUAUAAAGGUUUCUUUUGAUUCAACUAAACACCUUAGUGAUGCCUCAAUUAAAAAACGGCAGCUUGAAAGGCAGAAACUUCAAGAACUUGAACAGCAAAGAGAAGAGCAGAAACGUAAAGAAAAAGAAGCUGAGGAAAGACAAAAAGAAGAGGAAAGAAAACAGAAAGAAUUAGAGGAGUUGGAAAGAGAAAGAAAACGAGAAGAGAAACUCCGUAAGAGAGAACAAAAACAAAAAGACCGUGAAGUCCGUCGAAAUCAGAAAAAACUAGAGAAGAUACAAGCAGAAGAGCAGAAAAAAUUACAAGAGAAGAUAAAAUUAGAGGAGAGGAAAUUAUUGUUGGCUCAAAGAAAUCUUCAGUCAAUAAGAUUAAUUGCAGAACUGCUAAGCAGAGCAAAGGCAGUAAAAUUACUAGAGCAUGAACAGAAAGAAGAAAAAAUCCGCCUUCAACAACUUGAGGAAAGAAGACGACUUCAGGAGGCUGAACUCAGACGGGUAGAAGAGGAAAAAGAGCGAGCUCUGGGGCUUCAGAGGAAAGAGAAAGAAUUAAGGGAGAGGCUAUUAAACAUUUUGUUGAGCAAGAAAAUAGAUGAGACACAGCAAAACAAAGAAGAAGUAGUGGCAUCUCAUUCUGCCCUAUUACAACCUGUUAUAGAUAUUAUACAAUCGGUGUCUUCAAGCUGUGUUACUUCUACCUCCUUGCAUUCCCUCAUGGGUCAACCAACUCAGAUCUGUCAAAGAGAAACACUGUCCAAUCAGGAGAUUAAUUUUAAUUCCAAAAAUGUGAAUGGAAAUUUAAGUGAAGAAGCUCAGUGUAAAGAAAGUAAGAAACUUAACUGUAUUACAAGUGAAAGCUGUUCAGAAAAAAAAUGUUCCAGUGUGCUCUCUUGUAUUCCUGCCAAUAAUCAACAACAAAAGAGUACAUCUAAUUGUGACCAGAACAUAUCCAAAAAAGAUUCUUCUUUUGAACAAGACAAAUGUAAUAGAGAACCAAGUAAGGGAAAGAGCCGAUCCAGUAGAGACAGAAGUACUGAAGAAAGACAUAAAAGGGAUAGGAGCAAGCAUAGAAGGGACACGAGUAAAGAGGAUGAAAGACAAAGAAAAGAAAGACGACUUCAUAGAAGACACUCUUACAAAGAUUAUAGUCCUCACAGAAGAAGUGUAAGCCCUGAUAGAUCUAGGUACCGAAGGUCCUACAGCAGAGACAGAUACAGUAGAAGGGAUAGAAGCCGGGAUAGAAGAAGUGUGGGUAGGAAGCGCAGUCGAAGAGGGAGAUCCAGAUCCCUGAGCAAACACAGAAGUACUUGGAGCAGGUAGUAAAGGACUCUGCCUUUUUAAGGCCCAUAUACAGGAUAAACCAGGACCAGCAAGAGGUUCUGAAGUUUUUGGCUUCUUGACCACCUUAAGAAAACUGAAUCUCUGCUUAGCGAAUGUAAAGUGAACUCCUUUGUGAAAGGAAACACAAUUACAUUGGAAAUUUAUUUUCUUUUUUUUAAGAUUGCAUAAUUAUUUGUGCUUCAGUUUCAACUGUGUUGGUAAUUUGUUUUUCAUUAGCUCUCCUUUUUUCCUUUUAAAUAUUUUGAUCUGAUAGCUUUAAUGUCACCAAUCCUCUUUUAAUCAGGAGAAAUGUAUAGACUGACAGUUUAAGAAUUCCAGACCUACUACAUAAAUGUAUGCAAAAUUCUUGACUAAAAAUUCUUUAUGCACUCAAUGAAGUCAACAUGUACUGCAGAAAAAGGGCAAAUUUAAUUGAACUUGAGAUAAGUUGCCAAAUGUUAAGUGUUAUGAACAACCACAAAAACUUAUGGGACAUUUAAGAGAAAAAAAGAACUUGCUGGUUUGAUUUUAUUUUGUAUUUAGCUGAUUUAAAAACAUGGAAAUGGUGGUGGAAAGAUGUGGGAACAAAAUGAUCAUGGCAUAGUAAGCCAUAUGUGAAAUAUAGGUAGAAUUCCUAUAAAAUUGAAAAUGCAAAUGCACUAUACUUUUUAAAGAUUCCAGUAAGUGGGAGUAUGAGACAAAGUAGUCUGGAGAUGCUCCGUUACUUCUGAAACAUUGACUUUUUACAAAUUAAAAUAAUUGAGAGUAAAAAGUUAGUUAAAAGCUUUUGUUUCUAGUACAAAUUAGUGUGUGCGUGGUUUUUUUAAGAAGCUGUUUUGCUAAAUUAUUUUUACUUGCAAUGUUUCAAACAGAUUCAAGGCUGCAAACUUGUUAAAUUUUAUAAUCUUUUGCUUCUCAUGAUGAAGCUCAGGAAUACUUUAAAGUAGUUGUAACCUUUGGGUUAUAAAAGGUUGUGUUUAUUCCAGUUUGCAUUUUUAUGGUGAAAUAAAAGCCUUUUCCAGUGAUCUGAAAUUCCUGUCUUUAUAUUUUAAAAGAUGAUGAAACUGCAUUCCUGUUUAUUCUUUGAGCAGUCAAGCACAUUUUUAAAAAAUCUCAUUUUCAUAUUAAUUGGAGUUCUUAGAUUGUGUUGAAAGCAUUUAAAAUUAUGAAUGAUUAUUAAUAUUUGCUUAAUGCAUCUGAUGACGUUACAGUUAAUUAUAUUCAGUGUUGUAAAAUAAACUUAUGAAUCCUCCUAGAAUAAUAACAGUAAUAAGAUCAUACGUGGCACUCUAUGAACAAUAAUCCUAUAAUAUUCAAUUAAUAGAAUAUCAGUUUAAAGCAUUUAUUAAACUUACUAAUAGUUCUUAAUAACUUCAAAAUGUGCUGUAGAGUAAUAGAGGUUUCUUUAUGAAUACUUACAAACUAGAAAUAGGAAUUGCUUCAUCCUUCUGUAUUUAAUCAAAUCAUUCUGCCUUUUCCAUUGUGGGACUUGCAUGUUCCUUUAUAACUCCAGCUUAUGCUAUUGAAAAUUGACUAAACAGAAGAUUAGAAGCAACCUGUUUACAUGUAAAACAUGGAAUAGAACAUUUUACCUUUGCUUUAUAAUUCUAUUUGUUUGCAAGGUUAAUUCUGGGAUAAGAUUUAGCUAUGUAAUAUUGUGUCAGUGGGAUUUGUUUUACUAAUUUGGAGAUUAUAAUUAUAAAGACUCCAGUGAUGGGGCUUUUACUGUGUUUCAGCUCAUGGUAGUUUUAAAUAAUUUCUAAUAUUACAGUUUCAUUCUGAUGUAACAUUAAAAAAGAAGAGGCACAUGUAAGUUAUUCUAGUAAUAAAUCAAAGUGAAAUUGAAGAAAUGGAGAUAUUGAUAUUAUAAUCUGGAUACUAGGUCAUUCGUAUUUACUUUUCUAGGCCUGAUUUAGCCUGUUAAUUAUGCAGAAAAAGAUUAUCUAGUUUCUCAGCAUUUUUGAUUCUUUGAUAUUUGUUAUUGAUUAUUCUACAAUCACUAGCAAUGAACAGGAUAUUAAAAGGGAGUAAGAAGUUUUAGUUCAUGUUGCUCCUAUUUAACAGAUAUUUGGUACAGUGGAAAGAACAGAUGUUUGAAAGUGGGGAGAUCUGAUUUUAGACCCAGCUCUACCAUUAACCAGCUGUGUGAUCUUAGCCUUGUCGUUUCAUCUUUCUUGACUUCCUUUCCCUUUCAAUUAAAUUUAGUUGAAUUGUUUUUUAGGAAGAUGAUUUUUAAUCUCUUCAAUUCUCAAAUUAUAUGUUAUGAUUGUUUAAAAUAGAAUAAGCUUUUCAGUUCAAAUUCUUAACUCCCUUCUGCAUCUAUGGUUCUGUCUCUUCAUUAUUAAUUCAUGCUACUUUUGAAAUAAAUUGGGAUUUAAGUUAGUUCUGAGGUGACUUUAAUUCUGUUGGGAAAAACUGGGGAUUGAAAGAAGCACUUGAAAAUCUAGCUCCUGUUUGUGAGAGAGUGAAAAUCCAAUUUCAGUCUUGCUUUAUAAUUUCCCUGCUAUAUUUUAAGAAUGGGAGGUUACAUUAAUCUAUCCUUUUUUUUUUUUUUUUCCCCAUCUCCUUAUAAUUUUAUACCAUUAAGAAGAAUCAUUUCCACAUUCAUUGAUAUCAUGGUUUUAGUAUAAUAGAUCUACUUCAUUCUGUUUUAAUUUCUGGUUGAACAGAAGAUUGAAGUACCUGCUUUUGGCUAAGAAUAUGAAAAAAAUCAUCAAUAUUGGUUACCAGUGUUCCUUCUUCAGCAAAAUUUCCAUAUUUGGAUAAAAAUUAUGAAAAAAUUUUCUGGUGUCUGAGCCAGCUAUCAUGUUAUCAAACUCAUGUGCCCAUAGAUACCACCUGUCACUGGAGACUGUUAAUUUCAUUACUAUGACUGCUCCUGUUAGGGAAGUUUGGGAUAGAUUACCCCAUUACCUAAACUCUAGAUUUUUAUUAGCACUCAAUUAUGAUGACUAUAACACACAUAGCUUCAGGAAGAUUCUGCCAACCUAGGUGAGUUAUGAGCAUUAAUAAAAAUUUGUAAAAUUAAUUUGCAAAAAACAAAAAAACAGCCCAGAGGAAAAAUAUCGUAGAGGUGCCCUUACACUGAUAGUCCAUUCUCUAUAUAUCUUUAUUCAUGUAUAGCAAAAUUUUUAUUUAUUUAAAUUUAAUUUUUAGUCAAUAUAAUUCCAAAUCAAAUUUUACUGGAUUCUUUCCCUUAAACUGAGACAAGAUGGGGAUUUAAAAAGGUUUAGUUGUUAAUUAAUGCGAAGAAAUGUUAAUAGAAACAUAAAGCCUUCUUUUUAUAAGGAAAAUAAAGAUAGUUUAUUCUUAUUUAA